AUGACAAAUCCUGAGACCAGCCCUUCCUCUAUGUUUUCCAGCUCCCAAACCCAACGACCCAAGAGCACAACUGGCAGACCUUCAUCCAGUCCCAGCACACCGGAGGCGACUUCCAUUCAGUCACAAGUCAAAACGACUCCAGUGUCCAUCACGUCCUCAGUAACCGUUGGCCCUCACGUGGUCACCUCUGGCAGCCCAGGGCUACCAAGUCCUCCUUCUCGGACUAUUGAGCACCCAAGUACUAUUUACUUUUCAUCCACUUCCCCUUCAUUUACAAUGUACACAUCCCAGGAGGGAAUGUUGCAAUCCACGACUCUGAGUACAGCCUCUACAACUGAAAUUCUGCCCCCCAAAUGUUUUAAUGGAGGGGUUCCUAUUGGGGAUCGCUGUAACUGUCCAUCGCCUUACAUUGAGCCAUUUUGCAGUGAGGCAAGGAAUGAAGUUGUAGUGGAGAUGAUUAUGGCUACAAUCAACGUCUUCGUCAAAGUGAUCAAAGAGAAUUUUACCGCAGAGAUGGCUAUUCCUGGCUCUCUUGCUUUCCAGACUUUUGCGGCCCAAUUUGAUCAUCAGAUGAAUAUUUUCUAUGCAAACAUUCCUGGGUACCAGAAAGUAAUUGUGAUUCGUCUGAGCAAUGGCAGCAUCAACGUGGACCACCAGGUGGUCCUGCAGGUGCCUUUCUCCAAAUUCAAUGCCUUCUACAAUGCAGCCGUGGACAAAAUCCAGACUAAGCUGCACAGCAAGGAGCAAGUUUGUUCCUCCGAGUUGAAAGGGAAGCUGUGUUUCAACUCGAGUGACUCUGUGGUGAUUCAAGUGCCUCUCAGUCCUCAAGACUUAUCCAAAAUCUGCAGAAAUGACUCUGUGGUCACGCAAGAGCUGCAGCCGUAUUACCUGGCCCGAAACAUUAGCAACCAGCUGCAGUGCAUCUCUAACUGCAGCUUUUUCCACCCGGAUCCCUUCCGCUGUGACAAGGGAAGCUGUUACAUCCAGGCAGACGGGCCAAACUGCUACUGCCAGCAGUCGGAUGCCUACUGGUACACUGGCCGCCACUGUGAUCAGAGCAUCAGCAAGGUGGGGGUGGCCGUGGGGGUGGCCCUGGGCCUGGCAGUCCUGCUCCUCCUCAUUCUGCUCCUGGCCGCCCUCCUCUGCUGGCAGUGCAGACGCCGAAGGAAAGACCACAGGCAGUUGUAUUCAAACCCCAACGAGGAGAAAUGGUAUGAGAAUGAUUCGGACUGGGCAGCCAGGCCUCAGGGCCUCUCCCCACAGAGCCCCCUAGCCCAGCAACAGCGGCCAGCCCCCUCUGCCAGCACCAGCAGGGAAGAUGCCUGCCCCACGCCCACCCAGGGCAGCUUCCAGCCUCGGCUCGACCAAGUGGACACCUCUCUCCAGGCACACAUUGCUCGACCCCAGAUAACCCGGCUCUGAAGACGCCUUGGAAGGCCAGAUUGGACCAAAGCAGCUUUGAUGGGCUGCUCGCCCCAAGGGUCCUGGCCCACCCCUGAACUGGGGGCUGGGGCGCCUUGGAGCAGCUCCUGAGGCCGUGGGAGGAGGAGGAGCCUCUGUGUGACUUCUGCUACGCCUGGAUGCUGAAAUGCACUUGGGACGCUUCUGCCGGCAGCACCCUCACCCCCGUCGGAGUUUACGAAGAUAUGGGGCCUGCGGGGUCAAGAAACUGCUGCCUGUGCUGCCCCCUCGCCCGUGACUCACACGCUGUCUCUGCAGGCGGUGACGGUGACCCUGAGCACAUCCAUACCCCCCCCCCCCAGGCCAUGCAAGCCCCAUGAAUCUGCUAUGGGGGUUGAUGAUGAGGGGGGAGGGUCGUUUUGGCCCUGGACACCGACCGGCUCACCUCAGGCUCAGAGCCCUUUUGGUGGAGGGGGUGCAUCUUGCCGGCAAUUGUUUGGCUCCGUGCUGUGCCAUGACCUCCACCAGCCCCACCCGCUCCGGCCUUGUGCUUUGCCUGCCUUUAUGGGUAAUAAAAGCAGUUA